CUGAGGAGGCCUGAUCCCAAAUUGUUAUACAAUUGGCAUCCAUUGCUUAAUACAUUUAUAUGCUUGGAAGCUUGAACCUUUGUUUCCUUGGUUAUUUCAGAUUUCACCCAUCACAAUUUUUGGCAGAGUCAACCAGGGUGAGUAAGGACUCCAAAGGGAAGCCUUUAUAAAGAACUGCUUUGAGCUCUCUGGACAUUUCUUUGAAGGAUUUCUUCAAGGAAGACUGCCCCAGGAGUUUGGACUCCUCUAACUCUCUUUUUGUUUCUGAGUAAAGAAAACCAUGCUAAGUGUUCUCCUUUCCUUGGCUAUCUUUGUGACAUUUUGUGAUGCUCAGUGCAAAUAUAUUGGCUUGGAGAUCAAUCCAGGGGCUCCAAUACAAGGUUGCAGGGAUGUUGAUGGUACAAUGCGUAAGUUUGGCAGUCAAUGGCUGUCUGAUUGUAACCUCUGUACAUGUGAUGAAACAUCUGGAAUAGAGUGCUGCAGCACGUUGAUGAGGCCCAUAGGGUAUGACACUGACAAGUGCAAGGAAAUCUUCAACAAGUUUACCUGUAUGUUCACUGUUGUACAGAAAAACAAUCCUUCUAUAAUCUGUAAGGUCACACGGUAUAUAGGUUUAUAACUCCACCUCCUCCUCGAGAUCUUCCUUCCAAAGUCAUUGCAUCCCAAUGGAACUUGUCAAGGUUUGAAACAAUCGCCCGUUCCUUGGAAUUCAGAGCAGCAGGGCCUGGGAACCAUGUGGCCAUUAUGUUGGAUCUUCAUUACAUUGAAAACAUUGUCAAAUCUUAGGCACACUGAUUCAAACCACAAAGUGCCAUUUCUGUGGCUUCUGAGAUCCUCUGGGCAUUUAGAUUGUGCCCGUACCUCUUGUAACCUGCUGUCUGAUGGAUGC